AUGCGUCCAGGACUGACUCCUUGCUUGUGGUGCCACAUCACGCAGGAGGAGAUCAGGGACAAAGACAACUGUCGCCUGAGAAUCCCGCCCAGAACUCUGAACAGCUUGGCUGAAGACCACCUGAAGAUUGUGCGUGAUGGCAAAGGGGCGCACAAACUCGCCAAGCUGUACCACAAUGCCAUUGCACCGGUUAUGUUUGACGUGCCCAUAGACCAGGUUGUGAUACCUGGUCUACACAUAAGCCUGGGCAUAUACUUGAAGCUCUUUAAGCUCAUGGAGGAUGAGCUCCACGAUAUAGAUCUUAAGUUGCAGACCUACCUCACAGCAGUCCUGGAGGAAGGGGAGGUCACCAAGGAGGAGCUGUUGGCAGACGAGCACCUCGGCCGAUUCAAGGCGUACGUGUCUGCCAUCGAUGAGGCUCGGGCCCUGGACGACAAAGCCGAUGCCCUUGAGGAGGAACUUGAAGAGGAGGAGAGUCAGCUUGCAUGGCUGGCAUACAGCAGCGGUGCUGGGGAUGAAAUGGCAGAGGCUGUGUUUCAGGAGGCCUGCAGCACAGUCCAGGAUCUAUAUGAGGAGAAGGAAAAGCUGAGGGAGAAGGCCGCUGAGGUAAGGAAGAAGGCAUCAGUCAAGGUUGGACAGGGUCCACUGACUUCGCAGCUGGACCCUGUGCUUCAGAAGUUCAGAGUUCAGCGGCAGGCCUACCACAGCCAAUCCUUCAUUGGCAACCAUGUAAACACAAUGCUUCAGGAUAAAGCCAUAGAUGAACUCACAUCUGUUACAUCGUCAGUAGUCUCUUCAUUGAUGGACAACAACCGCUCAAAAGUACAAGUGGCUUUUUGA